ACAGCCUAUUACAAUGAAAAUAAAUGAAGAAAAAACACUCUUACAGAUUUUAUUUCAUCUGCUGUUGAAGGAAAUGGUGAAUUUAUUGAUGAACUAACUCAUAGAUGAAGCUUGCCCCCAUCGUAAUUCAAAUAUAUGUUUCAUAACAGUUAAAGGAGGUGAAGAAGUUAAUACACUUGAGUUUGAGAAAAUCACCCACCAAGCAACAAUAUCUCAUCUCAAAGAUUUUACAUGGUGGGUUCGUAUGGCCAUCUAUACACUCUUUGUCUUCUCUGGCCAAUCAGCAGCUAUACUCUUGGGACGACUGUACUAUAACAAAGGUGGAAAAAACUUAUGGAUGGCAACCCUGGUGCAAUUCAUAGGGUUCCCAAUCCUAAUACCUUACCACUGCAUCUUAUCAUCCAAAAAGAUUGCACUCAACGGCAAUGUGAACCAGCCGGAUGCCUCAGCACUUGCAUUCAUGUAUCUUUCUUUUGGUGUGUUACUAGCAGCAGACAGCUUUCUGUAUUCUAUAGGUCUAUUGUACCUUCCAGUUUCUACCUUUUCGCUGAUUUGUGCAUCCCAGUUGGCCUUCAAUGCUUUCUUCUCUUUCUGCCUUAAUGCACAGAAGUUCACCCCUUGUAUAGUCAACUCUUUAGUCAUUCUCACCAUCUCCUCCACCUUGCUUGUGUUUCACCCCAACUCGGUAAACCUCACUGGAAUCUCCAAAGAGAAGUAUACAGUCGGAGUCAUUUGCACGGUUGGUGCAUCUGCUGGGUACGGUUUGAUGUUUUCCCUCACACAGUUCUCCUUCGAAAAGGUUCUAAAAUCGCAAACAUUUGUAACUGUUUUAGAAAUGAUAAUCUAUGAGUCGCUCGUAGCAACCUGUGCUACCCUAGUGGGACUUUUCAUCAGUGAGGAAUGGCAGGGUUUAAAGAGAGAGAUGGAGGAGUUUGAGCUGGGGAGGUCAUCCUAUUUUCUGACUUUGAUUUGUACCGCAACAGCAUGGCAAACUUUCAACAUUGGCGCAAUAGGACUGAUUUUUGAGGUGUCUUCCUUAUUCUCCAAUGUUAUAAGUGCUUCUGGCUUGCCCCUUGUUCCAGUUCUAGCUGUAAUCUUCUUCAAGGAAAAUAUGGAUGGAAUAAAGGUGAUUGCCACGGUAUUGGCCCUCUGGGGCUUCGCUUCAUAUCUCUAUCAGCACUAUCUCGAUGAUUUAGAGUCCAAGGCUGAAAUUAAACAUGUAAAAGAAAUUUCAAUGAUUCCUUUACUGAAAGAGGACAACUUUUGAGUGAUUUGUAAGACCAACAACUGAAGAUCCAUUAACAAAGGAGAGAAACAUCUUAUGAGCCCAGACACUGGUGAUUCUUCUAAUCCCCUGUUUUUAUUACAAAAUGGCAACAUUUCACCUAGACCUUUUUAUUGCAUCAUCAAUCAGUAAAAGUUCUAGCCAUCUUCUUACCCUGUGAGGCUGUGAAGUAAUCCGAACUUGUGUUCAUCAACUUCAAGGAAUUAUUUAAGAUUGACUACAGUUGCAGUUUUUCUUUUGUCCUACAGUAGUUAACCCAUUUUUUUCUUUC